AUGGCGAUUCUUCAGUGCCUCACUAUCCAAGGCCUAACCUCGUCCAGGGGAGGGAGUUCAGUAGGUGGUUAUGGAGGAAAUAGUAGUGGAGUUUCUAGACCAUUGGUGAAAGACUGGUUCAAGACAGGCAAUAUGCAAUUUGAGGAACUUCAUCAAAAGCAAUCUCAGUGGACAGCUCCUGACACUGAGUUGCGAGAGUCUCUAAGGCUUGCGGUUGCGGAAAUGUUGUUGCCUGCCUACAGAUCUUUUGUAAAACGUUUUGGGCCUCUAGUUGAGAGUACGGAGGAUCUUGAACGAAUGUUGGGUGAAUUUUUUGAGGGAAAGAACUUGAAUGAACCUAAGCGGUAGAUUUGAUCUCCUUCUCCUUCUGUGUUUGUGAUAAUGAAGAUGAUACCGCCAUUAACCUCUGCUUUGGUGGUACACAUCACUCUCCUUUUGUUGAGAGCUGUGGUUCAGUUCCUGAGAGGUUCCCUUUACAGUGCCAUGCUUCUUCCUGUGUUAUAGGUGAUCACAUGCAUGUGUCUACCUAUUGUUGGAAAAAGUUGGUGAAAAGAAUAAAAGAAAGCAGAUUAUACUGGAUGCAUUUGCUAUGUAAAAUACUAAAUAAGAGUGUGACUCUUCAUUCUUUCACAAAACGGCUGUGUACUUUGGUUUGGUGGUGGUCCAAGUAUAAAUUUUACGAGAUAUAUUUA